UACAUGUUGCAUAUCACUGAUAGAUCCAUUUCCCGACGUGACGCACAACUGUGAUGACGUCAUGGCAAACCACACAUGUAAUGGCGUGUACACACUGACGGGACUUGAAGUUUACGACGUGUCCGUGUUUUGCGAUAUGAGAACUCUUAAUGGUGGUUGGCUGGUGUUUCAGAGAAGAAUGGACGGAUCUGAAGAUUUCUACAGAACUUGGAAUGAAUACAAAGACGGGUUUGGUGACCUAGAAGGAGAAUUCUGGCUAGGAAAUGAGAUAAUCCACCAGAUCACAAGUCGGGCGGUUUACGAAAUGCGGAUUGAUUUCGAGGAUUUUGAAGGCAACACGCGCUAUGCGAUGUACUCGUCAUUUACAUUGGGUAGCGAGGCGGAGAAAUACACUCUUCACGUUGGGUCUUAUAGCGGAGAUGCAGGCAAUGCGCUUUACUGGCACAAUAACACUCUCUUCAGUACCAAAGAUGCGGAUUGGGAUGCGCAUACCUAUGGAAGUUGCGCCGUUGAGUUCCACGGAGCCUGGUGGUACACUGCAUGUCUUGCAUGUAACCUAAACGGCCUGUAUCUUGGAGGUCCCACUUGUGUAUCAGGCAAGGGAGUAGUGUGGUAUGAAUGGAGAGGACUUCUCUACUCUCUGAAGAGGACUGAAAUGAAAAUAAGACCAAUCCUCCCUUAAUCUUCUACUGCACUUUGAAGAGGACUGAGAUGAAACUAAGACCAAUCCUCCCUAAAUCUUCUACUGCACUUUGAAGAGGACUGAGAUGAAACUCAGACCAAUCCUCCCUAAAUCUUCUACUGCUCUUUGACGAGGACUGUGAUGAAAAUAAGACCAAUCCUCUCUUAAUCUUCUACUGCUCUUUAAAGAGGACAGAUAUGAAACUAAGACCAAUCCUCCCUUAAUCUUCUACUGCUCCUUGAAGAGGACUGAGAUGAAAAUAAGACCAGUCCUCCCUUAAUCUUCUACUGCUCUUUGAAGAGGACAGAGAUGAAAAUAAGACCAAUCCUCCCUUAAUCUUCUACUGCUCCUUGAAGAGGACUGAGAUGAAAAUAAGACCAGUCCUCCCUUAAUAUUCAACUGCUCCUUGAAGAGGACAGAGAUGAAAAUAAGACCAAUCCUCCCUUAAUCUUCUACUGCUCCUUGAAGAGGACUGAGAUGAAAUUAAGACCAAUCCUCCCUUAAUCUUCUACUGCUC